ACAGAAUCUCCGGCGACCCUUUUCUGGGCACACUCAAAUGCGAUUCCCCCACAAAUAGGAAAAGAAAAGUGUAAAGAAGUGUAGCGCACAGCUUACGCAGCGACAUGCUCACAUCGGAUAAAAAAAUCGAGGCAAUCACAGAGAUGAAAUAAAAGAAGAAAUGGUGCCAUGUCCUGUCCUCACUGAGACUCAGACGACCUCCCGUCACUCUCUCCUGCAUCCUUGCCUCUUCUCCACACUCAUCUCCAAGGCAUAAACCUCUCCCUCCCGAUUUGGCAAUCACCAUUGUCAACAAUGGCGGAACCCAAGGCGGCCAAGAGCAAGUCGUCGUCCAAGUCCAAGAAACACCACCAGCAGGGGGACGGCGAGGCGUCCAAGAAGGCGACCAAGGCGAAGGCCGAGGCCACGGCCGCUCCGGCGCCGUCGCUCGACGCUCACUUCAAGCCGUGCGCCGACGUGGCGGGCCUCCGCUUCGGCGCGCAGCUCGUCACGCGCGCGCUCACCGUGCGCCGCGCCGGCCCGCUCGAGCUGCCGCACCUGCUCCGAGUCGUCGUCCCCGACGCCGGCGCCGGGCAGAGCACGAAGGGCAAAGGGGCGCAGCCGCUGUCGUUCGCGCCGACGACGACCGCGUACAUCCCGACCAACUUCGCUAUCCUGGCGCACCACGCGUGGCACACGCUCACGCUCGGGCUCGGCACCAAGAACUCCAAGGCCGCCGUCUUCGUCUUCGAGUCGGCCGCCAUGAAGGCCGCCGCCGACGCCGCCUGGCCGCAGGUCCUGCCGCUCGGGGACGUCGGGAAGCGCCUCCUCCGCGCCGCCCCGGGCGCGCCGGAGAUGGCCCGCUUCAAGUUCCGCAAGGGCUGCGUCACCUUCUACGUCUACGCCGUCCGGACCGCCCGCGCGCGCGGGUUCGCGCGCGCCGAUGAGCUCAGGGCAGUCAUCGAGGCCGUCGCCAAGCUCAAGGACUUCUUGGACCACACUGCCAUGCUCGCGCUCCCGGGUCAGAGGAGCAUUGACGCCGCCGCUCCGGUCGGCAUCGUGCAUUGAUGCAAAACUUACAUUUGCUUUUGUGUAUGUAUAGAGAUCGCUUCUUCUUUCUUUUCCAUUUGUUCUGGCGUGUGAUUAAUUUCUGGAUGUGACAUCUAAAAAAGCUGAAUUUGAGCACUUGUUUUGUGGAUUGAGAUGCUGAGGAAUUCCUAAAAUCUCUAGUUGAUUAGUCCACCGGCGAUUGGCCUCUGGAGAUGUAACUGUAAUUCACUCUUAGGCAUAUAUAUAUUCCAGGUUGGAAAAUGGGAAGCUGAUCUUAGCUCUCUCAUCCUUCUGAGACAA